AUGUAUACUUCAAUGACAAGGUUUCCACUGUCACACGAACCUUUUCCACCUGUGCUGCUGUCUGUCGAAGAAGAGGAAGCACUGGAAGCUUUAGCAGAUCAACAGCUCUUGUUGGCCGAACGUCAGCUGGACGAGCACGUGCAGCAGAACCAGUCAGUGGUGGACAUGAGCCGGUGGAAAUCACUCAAGACACGCAAGUCCAUAAAUCUAUUCUGCGAGCGCUCUAACUAUCGCCAAUGCCACAAUGACGGGUCCCAGAGCGAUGUAAAUUGGACAUUGCCCCAAUUGCUAGCAGUCGGCAGUCUGAAAGGGACACUUGAAGACAUCAUUUACGGUAUUCAAUCACCUACCGCUGUUCACAUGAUAGCCAAGGCUGCGACGUCGAAUGACGAAGUGGUGGAUGCACAAGUGCUCAAUGAGCUCAAAGGUCCGACUAUAGCCCACCCGUUCAGAUUUCUUGGAUUAAAGUGGCUAGUCAAAGCUCAUCCUGCUUUCAUGAGCGCCGUCGUGUUACCGCGAGAUAUCGUUUAUGUUGAACACACUGGCAUUAAGAUCCGUGGGGAUGGUUCAAAACUUGGCUACUUCCUUAUUCAUUCCGUAGAUCUGCCGCAGUAUCCAGAGCUACGAAAAGAAUUAGGCCUCGUGCGAGCAAAAGUGUCGUCCUGUGUCUUACUUCGACAACGAGAAAAUGACACAAACGAAGUAGACGUUUUUAUGACAGGACGAGCAGCGGCUCAAGGUCGUGUACUAGACAGUCUCGCUCUGCUGUCAACUGCAAAUGGACUUACGUACUUCUGGAACGCGGAUAUCUGUGCAAAGCGCAAGAAACUCGCAUGGCGUCUACGACACAAACGAAUUAUGUCUUUUGAAGAUGCUUUAAUACCUCCGUCACUGUGUCCACUAUGUACCAAAUCACUACGUUACGUCUUCACGUCACCCAUACGUUGUGAAAUGUGCGGAAUUCAAAUAUGUUAUCGUUGCAGCAGAGCUCAUAAACUCCUUUUUCCCAGAGACUUUGGAAGUAAAGAAACUCAAUCGGUUGUAGUAAAACUAUGCACGCCUUGCAUUUCACAAACAUUGAAAGAAAAUCCGAUCGCUAUUAUUCGUCAGGAAAUUCGAGCUGGCCAAUAUGGGUCUCUGACAUCACCCAGACAUGGUCAUCGCCAUCGUGCUCGCGCAUUUAACGUGUUUGAACCGUAUCGACAUUUGUCUACUAAGAUGGAUGCGCCUGCAUCUGUAAACUUAUCACCAGAUUACUCAAAAUUCGAUUAUGAGGAUUCAACUGGCCCAAUACACGAGAGAGAGGACGAAGAUGAGGCGGAUGUCACAGUGAGAAGUCAAUCUUUUGAAAUGUUGUACACUUUGCUGGAUGACUUGAACCUAACAAUGCAACGAGAAGAACAGUGGAAUGACUAUGCUGGCUUUGAUGAUGAAACAAUAUUGGAAUGA